UGUUGUCACACUGGAAGAAAAUGGCUGCAGCCUCGACUUUUUUUCAAUGAAGACCACUGAUAUUUCAAUUUCAUUUCGUUUUCUUGCAUCGGAACUACAAUCGACCGCUAUGCAAUCCCGAAGGGCGUGAAUGGUCGCUUCAGGAAGGGGACAGUGUUGGGCAGAAAGGUCAGCAUCGUCUACUGGCUGUGGACCACAAUGCAACAAGUUUUGGAAUAUGCAUUGGAUCGAGCCGAGUAUAUUGUUGAAAGUGCUCGACAGAGACCUGCCAAGAGAAGAAUUUCAUCUGGCGGGAGGAAGAGUUUGUAUCAGAAGCUCUAUGAGCUCUAUAUGGAAGAAUGUGAGAAAGAGCCAGAGUUAAAGAAUCUGAGAAGAAAUGUGAAUCUACUGGAAAAGCUGGUGUCUCAGGAGUCUGUAUCAUGUCUGGUGGUGAAUCUGUACCCUGGGAAUGAAGGCUAUUCGUUAAUGCUCAGGGGGAAAAAUGGAUCUGAUUCUGAAACCAUCCGUCUGCCAUACGAAGAAAGGGAACUGCUGGAGUACCUGGAUGCUGAGGAGUUGCCGCCCAUUCUGGUGGAUCUGUUAGAGAAAUCACAAGUGAAUAUUUUCCACUGUGGAUGCGUCAUAGUUGAAGUGAGAGACUACAGACAAUCUGGUAAUAUGAAGAUUCCGACCUAUCAGACCAGGCACAUCUUGCUGCGCCCAACCAUGCAGACGCUGAUCUGUGACGUACAUGCCAUGACCAGUGACCACCACAAAUGGACACAGGAUGACAAACUGCAGCUGGAGAGUCAGUUGAUUUUGGCCACAGCUGAGCCUCUGUGCCUGGAUCCUUCCAUUUCUGUUACUUGCACAGCCAACCGUUUGCUUUACAACAAACAAAAAAUGAACACUCGCUCGAUGAAACGGUGUUUCAAAAGGCACUCCCGGGCUGCGCUGAACAGGCAGCAGGAGCUCUCCCAUCUGCCCCUUCCACCACAGCUCCGGCUCUACGACUACCUGCAGAGGAGAAAGGAGAAGAAGCCAGCGCCAGUCAUAGACCUGAAGAUCUCCAAGAUUGGAAACUGCGUCGACAUGUGGAAGCAGAGCAACUGCCAGCUAACCGUACCGAAGGAAAUCGAUGUGGAAAAGUAUGCAGUGGUUGAGAAGUCGUUGCAGCUGGAGGACUCUCAGCCCACGACGGUGAUUUGGCCUGCUGAGGAAGUCAUAGAUGACUACACAUUCGAGUGUGAGGUAGGAGGCCAAGCUCAGAGAACCAAGGUGUCCAUCUUCCAGUCCAUGGGCGAUCCGCUGGUGUACGGCAAGAUCUACUGCGCUAAAGAACCAAAAGCAGAAGAGGACAGCACGGACUUAAAACUCAUACAUCCUCCUUUCCUCAUAGGAUCAAAGAUAGAUGCCGACCGGUUUCUUACUCAGUAUAAAGGAGUGUAUGAAAGAGACGUGAAAUGCCAGGUGAAGAUGUCCCAUAACUCAGGCAGCGUGGGACAGGGGCCUCCUUCCCCCAGCAAAGAUGAGGGCGAUGGCAUUUCUCCACUGGUUCAGACGUCUGUGCUGGGGAAAGGGGUGAAGCACCGGCCCCCUCCCAUCAAACUGCCUUCAGGAUCAGGCAGCAGCUCCUCAGGUAACCCUUAUAGUUCACAAGCCACCAGUGGUCUACUCAAGUGUCCUACGCCCCCUCCAGCCAAAAGCCAGUCUCUGAGCAGGAAGCACUCCAUGGAGCUGGGCCAGGUGGGCCUGCUGUCGCCCGCCUCCCUGUCUCCCAUGGGCUCCACACAGAGAUCGGGCACCCCCAAGCCAUCCACCCCCACCCCCACCAACACGCCGUGCUCGACGCCGCACCCCGCCGACUCCCUCUCCGCCCCGCUCUCGUUGACCCCGACUCCCUCAGACCCUCCCUUGGUCCAGAGCCAGUCCCAGCCCGCCCUCCUCACGCCUUUCACCCAGCAGCAGCUGGCCCUCAGCCAGCCGCUGCCCGUCAUGACCAUUCCCCUCCCCACCAUGGGGACGUCCAUCACCACGGGAACCACUUCGUCGCAGGUCAUGGCCAAUCCGGCCGGCCUCAAUUUCAUCAACGUGGUCAGCUCUGUCUGCAGUCCCCAGACCCUGAUGAGCGGCUCAAACCCCAUGCUGGGUCCAGGCCUGAACCUGAGCGGGAUCCUGCCUCCUGGCGGCCUGAUGCCCACGAUGCAGUCUGCAGCCCAGGCUGGGAGUCCUUUCGGCCUGAAUAGCAGCGCUGGAUUGAGACCGCUGAACCUGCUGCAGAUCCCCACUGGUCCUCUCAUCUUUAACUCUCUGCAGCAGCAGCAGCUGUCUCAGUUCUCCCCACAGCAGAGUCAGUCGGCCACUUCCAGUCCUCAACAGCAGGGGGAGACGAACGACCAGGGCUCCGAUCAGAGUUUAGGGAACCAGCAGACGGCUGUCAUCAACCUGGGAGUCGGAGGCUUCAUGUCUCCACAGGCAGCAGUGCUGUCCCAGUUGGGCUGUGGGCUGGACGGUACUGGGCCCCCGCUGCCUUCUCCAAGGCUUCAGCAGCAGCACCAGCCACAGAUCCAAUUGCAAUUCUUGCAGCACCAAAUGCAGCAGCAGCAAAUGGCUAUGGGGGCAGCGGCUCCUCCGGGGGGAACGCCACGGCUACAUACCGCCAGCCAACCAAGAAGUAAGAGGAAGAGGAGCACGCCACAGCCCCUCGCCAAGUCGUGACAGACUGAAACCCACACUAAACCCCCUUCACCAGGACGCGAACGAUCCGCACUGUGCUCUUUGUCUGGCUCACUGUGGAGACUGCAGAUAGGAGAGACUGGGGUUUUUGUUUUUUUUUUUUUUGCGUCCUUUUUCAUCGUCCUUUUCUAGCUGAUGAAUUUUUAAUGUACUGGUUGUCAGAGGAAGUGGAGAACCAAAAGCUGUGUCCGCCACACAGAGCGGAACUUUUAUUUUCCAAGUCAAAUCAGCCCCUAAACUUAAAAGAACCUUAUGGAUAUUUUAAAUAUGAAAUAGAAGGAAAAAAAAGGUUCCUGUUGGAGGAUUGCUCCCACAGGGACAUACUUACUCUCUUCAGGAAGACUUUUCUUUUUGUGGAAGCCCCCCCCCGCGGACUGAAGAGGACUGUGAAUGCACAUUCUGAGGACUCCUCCCGCCUCUGCCGGACUGAUAGAAACUGCCCUUUACGCACAGAUCCCAGCUGAGCAAAUUGACACCAAAUCCUCCGUGUUACCACCACAUGUGAAAAUGCAAAUCUGAUCUUGGAGCAGUGCCUGGGGGCCACUCUCUACCUCUGUGUGUUGAAAGUCCUUCCUGUCAGCAGUCCCAGCACAGGGCUCAAAGCGAGGACUCGAGAUCAACAUGCAAGACGGUGUACCUGCUUUUUGUACAGCACAUUUGUAAAAGGCAUUUUCUUUUAUUUAGUUCAGGAGCCAUGAGCCUACUAUUAUGAGACUGAGUGUGUGUGUGAGUGUGUGUGUAUGCGUGAGAGAGAAAUUUCUGGACUCUAAGAAAUAAUUUUUU